AUGGCCCUCGCACCGAAGUACGCUGGCCAGAAGCUGGUCGCCAAUGCCCACCCUCAAACACUGCACACCAUUGAGCUUUUCUUGGACUAUGUUUGCCCAUUCUCCAAGAAGAUCUUCAACACUGUCUACGACGAUGUCUACCCGCUCGUCAGGCAGAAGUACGCAGACAAGGUCCAGUUCAUCUUCCGACAACAGAUCCAACCAUGGCAUCCAUCAUCAACCUUGGUCCACGAGGCCGGUGUAGCCGUCUUGCAAACGGAUGCCAGCAAAUUCUGGGACUUCUCCAGGGCUUUGUUCGAGAAGCAGACCGAGUUCUUCGACGUCAAUGUUGUUAACGAGACACGGAACAAGACGUAUGAGAGGCUCGCCAAGAUUGCUAGUAGCUCGGGUCUGGACGAGAAGACGAUAUACUCCAAGCUGGAGGUCUCCGACAAGCCGGACAAAGAUGGCAGUCUGAACAUAGGUAAUCAGGUCACCAACGACUUGAAGCCUCUGAUCAAGCACAACCGCCUCCAGGGUAUUCAUGUGACCCCAACAGUUCUAUUCAAUGGCUUGGUUGAGAAUGGGAUCUCCAGUAGCUUUACUAAAGACGACUGGGCUCAGUGGUUGGAGAAGAACAUUGUCUGA